AUAUUUAUUUAUUUUUUUUUUAAAAAAGAGUUGGUAGAUGAGUCAUGACUGUGUAGCAACCAAUCACGGCGGCUUCUAACAGUUUUAUCUAAUUUUUUUCAUAUUUUAAUUUAAUUAAUUUCCAAAACAGACGAAUCCUUAACGAUCCAUUUUCCAUAUAUUCCAAAUCCAAACCCUUCGUUUCCUCUACACUACGACGUCGUCUCACUCUCUCAGGUACCCACUAAACGCCGCCACGUGGCCUUUCUUCCCAACCAAAUCCGUUUUCGCCAAAAAAAAAAGAAAAAGAGAAAAAAGUCUUCGAGCUCGUUUUUGUUUACCUUUGAAUAUUUUUAAAUUUUGAAAAACGGAAAGGAGUUUUUGAAUUCUGAUUUCUUGAAAAGCAAGGAUUGAGUUUUUAAAAACGCAGUAAGAGAUGGGGAAGGGCGGUGGCUGUGUUCCAAGCAAGAAGAAGGUGCCUUCAGGCGCCGCCGCCGCCGCUGAAGAUUCCCGGCAAGUAUCGGUAAACGCGCCGAUUCCGGCCGAUGAUAGGUCGUACGAUGCCGUUUCGAAUCCUGCGACUGUUAACGAUGAUAACGCCGCGGUAGCUGCUGCGAAGAAGCUGAAGGUGUUCGUUGUGUUCUACUCGAUGUACGGACACGUGGAGGGGUUGGCUAGGAGGAUGAAGAAGGGAGUUGAUUCGGUUGAUGGAGUGGAGGGGGUUUUGUUUAGGGUGGCUGAGACAUUGCCGAUUGAGGUUUUGGAUCAGAUGAAAGCGCCGCCGAAGGAUCCUGAGAUUCCUGAAAUCACGGCGGAAGAGCUGGCGGAGGCUGAUGGUGUCUUGUUUGGGUUUCCGACGAGGUAUGGGUCUAUGGCGGCGCAGAUGAAAGCCUUUUUUGAUUCGACGGGACAGUUGUGGAAGGAGCAGAAGCUUGCUGGGAAGCCAGGUGGGUUCUUCGUCAGUACCGGUACUCAAGGUGGUGGCCAAGAAACGACGGCUUGGACGGCUAUUACACAACUGGUACACCAUGGAAUGCUGUUUGUUCCCAUUGGAUAUACUUUUGGAGCUGGUAUGUUCAAGAUGGACUCCAUAAGAGGGGGAUCUCCCUAUGGUGCUGGUGUAUUUGCCGGUGACGGGACAAGAGAACCCACCGAAACUGAAUUGGCUCUUGCAGAGCAUCAAGGAAAGUACAUGGCAGCCGUGGUGAAAAAGCUGUCCUUUGCUUAAAAAUCUUGUUCGUGUUACGUUACGUUUGGGCCGAUCCACAUUUUUCGCCUUGUGAUUGAUUGUUUUUUCCAUUGUUUUUUUUCUUUUUUGAUCAGAAAGAUCCCUUUAUUUCCUCCUAUUCCAGUUCUGCUCUGUUUAGAUAAAGCUGUACAUGGUUUUUGAUUUGUUCUCACAUCACACAUGAUUUUUGUCAAUAAUUUGUUUGCAUGUCCAAAAUUUGUUUUUUCUUGUAUAAGUUUUUUUCUUUUUUAUGUAAUUCAGUGUGUACUUGACGUAAUAAUAAUAGAGUAUUUUUUUGUGCA